UUUACAGAAAUAAACAAGGUUUCGAGUGCCGGAUCGGCGAGAAAAACGCGGGGGCUCCCCAAGGAAGGAGAGAAGGGAAGGAGGGCAGCGAACAAAAGGCGGACUCGGGGCGUUCGGGCGAAGCUCUUUUUCCGGGGAUCGGUGGGAGUGCGACGUAAAAUGUCAUCUGACAGCUUGUCGAGCAAAGCCCUAAAGAUCAAACGGGAAAUGGGCGAGAACACGCCACACCUUUCCGACGAAGAACUAAUGGGUUUGUCGGUGCGAGAACUGAACCACCACCUGCGGGGCCUGUCCAAGGAGGAGGUAGCGCGGCUGAAGCAGCGCCGGCGCACGCUGAAGAACCGUGGCUACGCGGCCAGCUGCCGGGUCAAGCGGGUGUGUCAGAAGGAGGAGCUGCAGAAGCAGAAGACGGAGCUGGAGAGGGAGGUGGAUAAGCUAGCGAGGGAGAAUGCCGCCAUGCGCCUUGAGCUCGACGCCUUGCGUGGCAAAUACGAGGCGCUGCAGGGCUUUGCCCGCACGGUCACCGCACACGGCACUACUGGCAAGGUGGCCACUGCCAGCGUCAUCACCAUCGUCAAAUCUGGCUCCAACCAGGCCACAUACUCCUAGUGUCCGUAAGCCCGAGUCGCGAACUGAGUCCUGUUGCCAUGCCUCUGCCCAGCUCUCACCUAGAAUGGCUGUAGCUGCACUGGCCCCUCCCCCUUCUUCCACUUUUCUUCUGCCAUCCAAAGGAGACAGAAUCAACUUGAAGACGAAACGGCUGAAUGUUGAACUUCCUCCUCUGUCCCUUAACCUUCAUGAGGAGAGGGUGGGAAGGUGGUGCCCGACUUGCGUAAUUAACUGUUGAUGUUUAUCCGUGGAUUGAAAUGCAGUGGCCAGUUACCCCCUUUUUCCUCCCCCCCCCCGUUUUAUGUUUGCCAGGUUUUCCUCCUCUUCCCUUUCUGCGUACCCUUGCCCCCAGCUGAUGCAAUGGGGAGGGCCUAGAGAGGGCUUCCCUGCUAUAAGCCGGGAGCACAGGCUCGGAGAACCUUUUGGUCGCAAGGGUUACAAAAGGGAAAUAACCUUCCUGUGAGAGGGCAAACUAGGUAGAAGCCGCCAUGUUGUCGGUGAGAGCUGCCGCUGCAGGAACCGCCCAGGAUGAAGCAAGGUUCUGGAACCCGUCAGCUCACCUUUCUCAUCCUGGCCCUGUGUUUGUGUUGUCACUCUGUCCUUCCUCUUCAUUGUAUCUGACAGCCAUGCACCCUUUGGCCCAGGUCUCUUCAAUUUGUGGGUGUGGUGUGAACAGGCUGUAGCAAGAGCAGCCCUAAUUAGACCUGGGCCUUUGGUAAGUGGGCAGGCUCAAUAACAAUAAAGAGGGAACUAAUUGCAGCGAGGGACAAGGAAGGGAAUUAUUGCUGUACGGUCGUACGAACGACCUGAGGAAGGGGUCAUUGAGGUACAUGCCGAGAAGACUAGGUCAGUUGCUGGUAUCCCACUCUAGCAUGCUAGAAUGCGGCGCACUGCAUUGAUUUGAAAAGGCAGCCGCUGUCUUCAGCUGUGCAGGUGUGCGUGACGCUAGUUCAUGGGACACUUAGUUGUAACGGUGCUCUUGGGCUGAGGUUGCAAGGUCUCUGACGUAGGGUGGAAGCAACGUCCUAAAGAGAGGGAGAGCAAGCUAGGAGAAAGUGAGGAGGGGAGUGAUGGGGCGAGGCAGGAGAACGAAGGGUGAAGCAUGUGAAAUAGUUGAGCUGGGGAAGGGGAAACGGGAUUAUAACCGGAAUCCUGGGAAAGCUAUUUGGUUCUAGUGUGAAUAGUUUGCGAAGGCAUCGCUGUGGUGGCCUAUUGCCGAAUUUUGCAGUAUUCCUGCUGAGUGAUGGGUAUGAUAAUUUGGGGACAAAGAGGAGGCAGCCAGAAAGAAACCCCAGCAUGAUCUGCAAAGUGUGUCUUUAUAAUACUAAAUCAACCUGUGUGAAAAUAAAUAGCAGAUGAGGUAUUGCGGGGAGAGAAACUUCCAUUUUUACUCUCCAUUUUCCCUGUGUAGUGGGGAAAAAACUAGGCCCAGAGCAUCAGGAAAUAAUUAAACAUCAUUGUUACAAAAAUUUAAAAGCAUCUACUUUCAGGAGAAUUUAAGUAUGCAGAGGACUGGCCCAGCCCCAAAGUCAGGAGGAUUCUGCAGACUCUGCAGCAGGGAUGAGGAAGCUGUGGCCCUUCAUCUCUUGUUGGAUUGCAACUCCCAUUGUCCUUGACCUUUGCUCAUGUUGGCUGAAGUUGGUGGGAGAAGCAGCUGAACAACAGCUGGAGAGACAUCCGUUCCACUUCCCCAACCUAGACCAAAAGAAAACCCUAUGAACCGCUUUGUGCUCUCUGUGAACAAGUGGGGGAAUGUCCAUUCACUUUGGUGGAGGAAGGAGAAUAAGAUGCACGUAGGAACACCCAUCAAACAGGGAUGCCACACCAUUCUCUGGCCUGCACAGUCCUCUUUGCUCCAUUCAGUUGUAUGGGAGAGGGGAGGGGGCACUGCAACUGGUGCGGGGAGGGGAGGGCGCAGAAGAAACGCAAUUUCCUCAGCCCUGUGCAAGCCAGCAAAUGUAUAUUGAAAGAUUAAUUUGUACACAGGGCAGUUUACAAUAGCUUAAUGCAAUCCUGGCUACACAAACCAAAACUGAGAGCUCCUCACCAAAAGCAAUUUCCACCCAGAUAAAAAUUAGCUGGAGAAACUGAGGUGAAGGGCAAGCUGAGCUUUGCUCGGAGGAAUUAAGAGCUCACAAUAUUUAUCCCA